GUCUGAGAAAGGUGGGGGCCAAAUGAUGACCAAAAGAAUGUUUCAUGAAAGAGGGUCAAGAUCCAUGUCAACCCCCACCAAGGGGGAGGAGCCUCCUUUUAAAAGGGAUGGCAAAUUGUCUUUUGUCUAUUAUACGGAUUUUAGGCGAGCAGGCCAAGAUCGUCAAACUUGUGACUUAUCAAAGAAGACCAUCGAUUAG